AUGAGUGCACGGCGUAAACUACGGUCCCCAGUGCCCGGCAGAUUCAAUAACCAUGUCGACUCUGGCGGAAGCCGAGAUGGUACUGUAUCUUGGGGCGCAUACAAUCUCCGGGCGAGGAAGAUUUCCCGUCAAACAACUCAAGCGAGAUCCACGGACACCGAUACCCUUAGUGAUAGUGAUAGUUUAUAUACCCCCGGAAACGAUAGACAAAAAUCAAUAUCAAACAUUUCACACCAGUCUUUAUCUUCUUCAUUAUCAUCAAAUAGCAAAUUGCUGAAGGAUGAUGCACAGAAAAUAACUCCUGUUAUAGAAACUGUGCCCACCAUCAGUAACUGUAACACGCGUAAAAAAUGGACUUCUGAAAUGAAUGAAUUUAUAUUGCGUACUUACCUCUAUUUAACAAUGAUGGACUAA